AUGCCUUCCGAGGAUGUCUAUUCCAAUCGUAACGUACCGAGCCAAUUCGAUGAUACAAUUCCAGUCACCCAGAGUCAGAGGACUUUGUUUGAAUUCGGGACGUUCGAUCAUUCCGAGAUUCCACUAGAGCCAGAAGAAUGGCCUGUUAUUAUCAUCGGAUCAAGUAUGGUAGGAAUGACUUUGGGCGUGCUGUUAGGAUACCAUGGUAUCAACUCGGUAUCCUUCGACCGCCAUCCUUCCACUGCUAUACACCCCCGCGCAGCCUUAUUCCUUCUGCGCUCUGUCGAGAUCUUCCGCCAGCUAGGCCUUGAAGACGAACUCCGCUCAGAAAGCGCCUCAAACUUUGAUCUUGACGCUGGAAUGAUCAUUGUUGAGAAGCUAGUAGGAGGAAAGGUCCUGGAAAGUAUGCAAGAAAGUGAUCCAGCAGAAGUUGCCAAGGCUAGCCCGAGUCGUCGCUUAUGGCUUACCCAGAAUAUGUUUGAGCCGCUUCUGCGCAAAAGGGCAAAGGAAUUUGGUGCCACUCAGGAGUUUAACGAGACCGUUGUCCAUUAUGAAGAGCUAUCGGACGGUGUACUCGUCGUGGUGCAAAACGUUCAAUCGAAGGCUUACAGGAAAUUCAAGACCAAGUACUUAGUUUCUUGCGAUGGAAAUAGGAGUGCGACAAGGAGAAAAGAGGGUAUCGAAUGGCAAGGCCCCGGGGUCCUCGGCGAGAGUAUUUCUAUCAACUUCAAAGCCGAUCUGACGCCAUACCUCGGAACUCGUGCUAAGCAUGGGGUCACUUAUAUUUCUAACCCUGCUAUCGAUGCUGGCUUUCGCCUCGAAAGCGGGGGCAAGGCUGGAUUUAUGAUUGUCACACGAGCAGGCGAUAAAAGAUCCUUUUCGCCAGACUCAGUUUCCGAACGAGAUGCGAAGCAAUAUUUCAAGGAGGCGAGCGGCAUUGAGGACGAUAUUGAUAUCAAGGUCGACUCUAUUUCGUACUGGUCAGUAGCUGCCUUCAACGCCGAACGCUUCAUGAGCGAAAAUGGCCGUGUCUUUAUUGCGGGGGACGCAGCACAUGUAAUGCCCCCAACUGGUGGAAUGGGCGGUAACACCGGGAUACAGGAUGUUCACAACCUGGCAUGGAAGCUUGCAUAUGUUCUGCGGGGAAAAGCUAGCGCUUUGCUUCUUCAGACCUAUGACACUGAGCGACGGCCAGUAGCUGAGUUCACGAUGCGCCAGGCUUAUUCAAGGCUUCAGAAGCGAGUCUUUCGCACAGUCCCGGAUGAACCAGAACUUCCCGACAUUGUGUGUGAGAUAGGGUAUCGUUACCCUUUUGUUGCUACUGCAAACAUCCAAAACACCAACAGCGACAAGUACGAAGACCCGCAUGCACCACUCGUAUCGUCAGGGAGCCGGCUCCCACAUGUGUUACUUGCACGAGACAGUUCACAAAUAUCGACCUUGGACUUAAUUCAAACAAAUUUCGUUCUUUUCGCCACUGGUCAAUCAUCACCAUGGAUUGAAGCGGCCAAAGGUAUUACACCUAAGAUAGACUCUUACGGUAUCGAUAAACACACUGGUACCUUUAGGGAUCCUGACGGCACGUUCAGUCGUAUUUGUAGGCUCUCUGAAGGCGAGGCUUUCCUUGUCCGGCCCGAUGGAUUUAUUGCCUGGCGAGGGGAAUGGGCAAAGGAUGGGCAUAGAGAUAAACUACAGAAGGCAUUAAAGCUUAUUUUAUAUUUCACUAAAACUUAA